CCCUGGGACUGUCCGGUUAGGACUGGUCUGAACCGGUUUUCUGCGGCUGCGCAGUUGGUGUAAACAGGAAGCAGUGGUGGGAGCACAGCGGAGGAGACGAGCAGCUUGAAAACAAUUCGAUAAAAAUCGGAAAAUAAUUGAAAAAAAGUAACGUUUCGCCUGAUGAUAUACGUACAGCACCGGUGACGGAUCGCAAUGUACAGAUUUUAAAAGGAGGAUUGAUGUUCUAGACUUAAAUAAUUUAGCCAUACUUCUGCUGCAGCUAAGAAAACGAGGAAAAUUCCGAGAAGGCGUUAAUAACUGUCGUUUUAGCCGAGAACUCAGUGCACUCAACGCAAUUCUGAAGAAAGAACUAAAACGUCUCCCCGUUGCCAGGGGUGGCCUGUGCGGAUACUGCUACUCCCAGGUGGUGUGACGAAUACAGCUUCCCGUUACGUCUUCCAGCCGAGACUCAGACACCUGCCUUCAUACCGUUUCGCUACAUGGCCUGCUAACCGCUUCUCCAGCCGAGAGUCCCGCAUACUUCGUUGACGUUCAGCCCCGCGCAGCCCCGGACCAUGGUCCAGGAGGAGAAGGCGGCGGAGCCCCAGGCGGCCGAUGGCGAUCAGACCCCCAGCCCCCUGGCAGCCGAGGCGGCGGUGGACGCCCCGACUCAAAUAGAGGAGCCCAGCCUCGGCACCGAGACCACUGGUCGCAGGACAUUCAUCAGCGGCGUGGUGGAGGGUUUCUAUGGGCGCCCAUGGACUAUGGAACAAAGGAAAGAGCUUUUCAGGAGACUACAGAAAUGGGGACUGAAUACAUAUCUUUAUGCACCAAAAGAUGACUAUAAGCACAGGAUGUUUUGGAGGGAGAUGUAUUCAGUGGAAGAAGCAGAGCAACUUAUGACCCUUAUUGCUGCUGCAAAGGAGCACGGAAUUGAAUUUAUCUACGCUAUCUCCCCUGGUCUCGAUAUAACAUUUUCCAACCAGAAAGAAGUUUCAACAUUAAAGCGGAAGUUAGAUCAGGUCUCUCAGUUUGGAUGCAAGUCCUUUGCUUUGUUGUUUGAUGACAUUGAUCACAACAUGUGCCCAGCAGACAAAGAGGUUUUCAGUUCAUUUGCACAUGCCCAGGUCUCCAUCACAAAUGAGAUCUUUCAGUAUUUGGGAGAACCUGAGUCUUUUUUGUUCUGCCCUACAGAAUACUGUGGAACCUUCUGUUAUCCAAAUGUAUCUCAAUCCCCUUAUCUGCGGACUGUUGGUGAAAAGCUUCUUCCAGGUAUUCAGGUGCUGUGGACAGGUCCUAAAGUAGUGUCAAAAGACAUUACAGUGGAGUCCAUUGAAGAGGUAUCCAAAAUUUUGAAGAGGGCUCCAGUUAUCUGGGACAACAUUCAUGCCAAUGACUAUGACCAAAAGAGACUCUUCCUGGGUCCAUAUAAGGGGAGGUCCACAGAACUCAUUCCCAGACUUAAGGGGGUCCUUACCAACCCCAACUGUGAAUUUGAAUCCAACUUUGUGGCCAUCCAUACCCUGGCCACCUGGUACAAAUCCAACAUGAAUGGAGUACGAAAAGAUGUUGUUAUGACAGACACUGAGGACAGCACAGUGUCUAUUCAGAUCAAGCUGGAGAAUGAAGGGAGUGAUGAAGAACUAGAGACAGAUAUGCUCUACAGUCCACAGCUGGCCCUCAAACUUGCCCUAACAGAGUGGCUGGGGGAAUUUGGAGUGCCUCAUCAGUAUAACAGUCGGCAGGUACCUCACAGUGGAGCAAAGAGUUCAGCUCUAGAUGUGGCCUCCCUAGGGGCACCAAAUCUUGGAUCCUCCACAACCGUGACCACUGUCUACCAGCAGCCAAUCAUGAGUCAGGGGGCGGCACUUAGUGAGGAGCCCCAGCCACUGGGCAAGGAGGAAGAGGAGGAAGAGGUCGAGGUGGAGAAGAAGGAGCAGUUGUUGCUGCAGUCAGACGAAGAACCCAUGGAGAUGGUGGUGGAGAAGCAGGAUGAACCAGACACCAAGAAUGUCAACCAGAUCCUGACAGAAAUCGUGAAGGCAAAGAUGACGGAGGAACUGAAGCCCAUGGACACUGACAAAGAGAGCAUUGCGGAGUCCAAGUCCCCAGAAAUGUCCAUUCAGGAGGACUCGGGAAGUGACAUUGCCCCCAUGCAGACUGACGAUCAGUUAAACAAAGAGACCUUUGUGCCAGGCCCCAAUGAGAAGCCCCUGUACACAGCAGAGGCGCUGACACUGGAGGACCUCACUCUUCUGGCAGAGCUCUUCUACCUACCCUAUGAGCAUGGUCCCAAGGCUGUGCAGAUGCUGAAGGAGUUCAACUGGCUCAGGGCCAACAGCAGUGUCGUCAGUGUCAACUCCAAAAGGAAGGAACCUGAAAAGGUUGCAGAAUGGCAGUCACGUGCGGAGACAUUUGAGGAAAUGUGUUGUUCAGUCAUCCAAAUGUUCACCCGACUCUCAAACUCUGCCAACAGGACAAUACUCUACGAUCUAUAUCCCUACAUCUGGGAUAUAAAGAGUAUCAUCUCAAUGGUGAAAUCAUUUGUUCAGUGGUUAGAUGGAAGAAUCCUCUGCACAAGUUUCUACUGCUAUUGGAGGGACAAUGGCCGAUGGUGUCGUAGUCAAUCAUCAGCACAGUUCUUAAGUGGAGACCAAGAGCCUUGGGCCUUUAGGGGCGGUCUAGCAGGAGAGUUCCAGCGAUUGUUGCCAAUUGAUGGGGCAAAUGACCUUUUCUACCAGCCUCCGCCUGCUAUGCCAACCUCUAAAAUUUAUUCCAUAAGGCCAUACUUUGCAAAAGAUGAGCCUGCUGUGUACAAGAUAUGCAGAGAAAUAUUUAACGAAGGAAUAGAUGGGGUUCCUUUCUCUGAGCAGCCAGAUUUAAUUGGAGACAGGUUAGUGGGAGGCUUCUUGACGUUGAGCCCAGACUAUGGCUUUGUCCUGGAGGAUGAAGAAGGAAUCUGUGGCUACGCUCUUGGGACAGUUGACGUCAAACCCUUUGUGAAAAAGUGCAAGAUGAGCUGGAUCCCAACGAUGCAGGAGAAAUACAUUAAACCAGAUGUUGAGAAAGAUCUCUCUGAGGCAGAGAAAAUGAUGUUGAGUUUCCAUGAAGAGCAGGAGGGCCUGCCUGAAUCAUUCCUCAGCAAUUUCCCUUCUCUGAUCAAAGUGGACAUCCACACAAAGGUCACUGACCCUAGUGUGGCCAAGAGCAUGAUGGGCUGCCUGCUUUCGUCACUGAAAGCCAAUGGGUCCCAUGGUGCCUUUUGUGAAGUGAGGCAAAACGAUAAAAGAAUGUUGGACUUCUACAGCAAAUUGGGCUGCUUUGAAGUUGCAAAAAUGGAGGGAUUCCCAAAAGAUGUGAUUAUUAUGGGAAGGAGCCUGUGAACCCCAGCUGAAUGUGAAGUAAAUGAAUAUUGCAAUGAAAACUGUACAAAGCUUCAUUGUGAAUAGGCCUACAUGUUUGCCACAAAAACCACAAAAGGCGUAAAAAGGUGUACAUAUAUAGUACCACUACUAUCAAUAGGUGCAAGUUAGUGUUUUUAAAAUCUGCCCUUAAUUACAAAAUGCAUUUGUUAAAUUGAAACUCCUCCUUUAUUUGGGCUUUCCUGCAGUGCCAAUUAGGGACAUCUGUGCUUUGAUUUGAAAGCAAGGUGCUACCACUGUCUCCACUGUUGUAAUUUAAACAUGUAAGCUUGACUGUGUGAAGGGUUUAGGCCUUUCUGAGUACUCAUCUCCUUUUCAUCUGCAGCAGCUGGCUUUGGAAGUGUCAUCUUGUCUAACCUUCCUGAAAUUGCUCUAUAACAUUUUAAUGUUAUUUUCUCUUAGUAUUUUAUGUGGAGGGGCACACGAGUUAAAGGCCUCUAUUGCUAGCAGAAGACCUUGAGAUGAUACACCUGGGAGCCUUCUGUGUAGUUGUGCACAUGACUGAUCUUGCCUGGCUUGGUAAUUCUCAGUUUGAACACUGUGAGCUGAGCAAUGUGGCUACACAAAGAAGUGAAAAAUUUAUGGUCGCUGGUACCUUUCUUCAGUUCCAUGAGUGUUGCGCAUCUUUGUGAAUACAUAUGUAGCCCUUAAGCACAAGAAACUGAGCAGCAGCAGCUGCAGGAGAACAUGGGUAAGACAGCAAAAUGUUCUGGUGCUUUCACUUCCUGAUGCCUUGAAGUGUGGUCCAUCCUCAGAAUCAGUAGUGACUUGUUAAAGAGAAAAGCAUGUACUGCUUAUGGAAUGUAAACGAUUUAUACUAUUGUGAGGUGAGUUUUGGUUGUGCUCAGUAAGUGAUAGGGUUUACAUUAAAAAUGCAUAAGAUUGAAUCAAUCACUAAACAUCUGUUCUGCUAUUCUAGAAUGACUUAGGCUGUUUUUCUAUCUUACAUCAUGUUAUUAUUUGGAAUUUGUAUGUGUAUAUGAAUGUACAUAGUAUGUAUUUUUGAUGGACACUUGCUGCAGAGAACCUUCAGAAGAAGGUUUCAUUGUUAUGUACUAAAUUACAAAUACAAUGUGCAAAUCCUUUACAUCUAAUAAAUAAUACAGAUGAAGUGUGAAA